AUAGAUGGUGUCAAACUGUGGGUGGAGCUGAGCAUAAAUGAAAUAUGUUAAAUGCUGUGAGAAUAACGUGAAGGAGUCACUGUUAACAUGGCUCUCCACCAGUUUCUGUGUGGCUUCACUGUGGUGAUCAUUCUCUUAUCCAAAGGUUGUCAGUCACAGGAAUGUGGCAAAGCUCCCAGAAACACCAGAAUUGUGGGAGGUCAGAAUGCGCCCCCAGGAAGUUGGCCCUGGCAGGUGAUUUUAAUCAAAGACAAUGGAGACCUCUGUGGGGGGUCACUGAUUAACGACCAGUGGGUGCUGACAAGUUCUUCCUGCAUAAAAGGGUCUCCAAACAUAACGGUCAUUCUGGGCCGCCACAGCCAGUCAGGUCCAAGCAACGAUGAAGUGUCACUGGGUGUCUCUCAGAUCAUUCUCCACCCUUCAUUCGGAUUCAUAUUCAACGACAUCGCUCUGCUGGAGCUGUCGGCCUCUGUGAAUUUUACUGACUACAUAAGACCAGUAUGCUUGGCCUCAGCAGACAGCACUUUCCACACUGGGACUAACAGCUGGGUCACUGGUUGGGGUGUUACUUUGCCUAAUGGUUCCACUUUCCCAGACAUCCUACAGGAGGUUAAAGUACCAAUAGUGGGAAACAACGAGUGCCAGUGCUAUCACAAGAAAUAUUUCAUCACAGAGAACAUGAUCUGUGCUGGGCUCAAAGCUGGAGGCAAAGAUUCAUGCCAGGGAGACUCAGGGGGCCCACUGGUGACCAAACUUGAUGACAGUUGGGUCCAGAGUGGAGUUGUGAGUUUUGGUGAAGGCUGCGCCGUGCCUAAUAUUCCUGGAGUUUACACCCGUGUGUCCAAGUACGAGGAAUGGAUCAGAAAAAACAUUGGCACCAACAGAGCUGGCUUUGUUACGUUCAAGUCCCCUGGAGUUGACAGCGACCUAAACUUCACCUGUUCAACAUCACCACCUGCUACAACCACCACUACCACCUACACAACUGCUCCCACCAACACAGCCACUACCACUGAGACCACCACUACCACCAACGCAGCCAAUACUACUAUCACCGACACCACUCUCACCAAUACAGCCACAACUACCGCCAUCACCACCACCACUAGUGACAAUAAGGGCGGUGACAGUGUAUUUGACGGUGGUGAAAAUGUGAUCCACUUCUCUCACUUCACCUCACUCUGUGCUCUUGUUCUCUCUCUCUUUGUACUGGCUGGUGAUGCCUAAAAUGAAAAUGUGAAACGAACGGUUUAAGAUUCUUGUUCCCAAAUGUCUCGUUGACUGUUUGGUAAUGAGUCCUCUCUGUAUGAUAACAGCACAAAAACAUUUGUAUUGUAGAGUCUGUCCAUCCAUCCAACCAUUUUCUUCCACUUAUCUGAAAUUAAGUUGUAGCAGAGUAUUUUCUGUUUUUCUAAUAAAUUGUGAUCUAACUUAAUUACAAAUGGGAUUGUUUGACUAACUUGACUUCAAAUAAAAAACUGUGUUGAAUUGUCA